AAAAAGAAAACUGUUUACUGAAACAUCCGAAUCAAAACUUGAAAGUUGAGCCAGUCCCGAUGACAGCGUCAGCGAUGGUGUUGGACCCCAAAACCUCGCCGGAGCCACCCGCCUCCUUCUACUCCACAAGAUCGGACCCUAAAUCCACCGACCAGCCCCAAUCCUCCGACGAGGACGACCUCUACAGCCGCCUCAAGUCCCUGCAGCGCCAGCUGGAGUUCAUCGACAUCCAAGAGGAGUACGUCAAAGACGAGCAGAAGAAUCUGAAGCGGGAGCUCCUCCGCGCCCAGGAGGAGGUCAAGAGGAUCCAGUCGGUGCCUCUGGUCAUCGGCCAGUUCAUGGAGAUGGUUGAUCAGAACAACGGCAUCGUCGGCUCCACUACUGGCUCCAAUUACUACGUUAGGAUUCUCAGUACUAUUAAUCGUGAGCAUCUCAAGCCCUCCGCCUCCGUCGCCUUGCACCGCCACUACGCCCUUGUUGAUGUUCUGCCGCCCGAGGCCGACUCCAGUAUCUCGCUUCUCAGCCAGUCUGAGAAGCCUGACGUCACCUAUAACGAUAUCGGGGGUUGCGACAUUCAAAAGCAAGAAAUCCGUGAAGCAGUGGAACUUCCACUUACUCACCAUGACUUGUACAAACAGAUUGGAAUAGAUCCUCCACGUGGUGUAUUGCUUUAUGGUCCACCUGGAACUGGUAAAACCAUGCUAGCCAAGGCUGUUGCCAAUCAUACAACUGCUGCCUUCAUUAGAGUUGUUGGUUCCGAAUUUGUUCAGAAGUAUUUGGGUGAAGGCCCACGAAUGGUCCGUGAUGUUUUCCGUCUUGCCAAAGAGAAUGCACCUGCCAUUAUCUUCAUUGACGAGGUUGAUGCUAUUGCUACUGCCAGGUUUGAUGCUCAAACUGGAGCUGACAGAGAAGUUCAACGAAUUCUUAUGGAGCUCCUCAAUCAGAUGGAUGGGUUUGACCAGACUGUGAAUGUCAAGGUCAUAAUGGCUACUAAUCGUGCUGACACUUUGGAUCCUGCACUUCUGCGUCCUGGAAGGCUUGAUCGGAAGAUUGAAUUUCCUUUGCCUGAUAGGCGGCAGAAAAGACUGGUUUUUCAGGUCUGCACUGCUAAAAUGAACUUGAGUGAUGAGGUAGACUUGGAAGAUUACGUCUCACGGCCAGACAAAAUCAGUGCUGCUGAGAUUACAGCCAUAUGUCAAGAAGCAGGAAUGCAUGCUGUUCGAAAGAAUCGGUAUGUCAUACUGCCAAAGGACUUUGAGAAGGGGUACCAAACCAACGUGAAGAAGCCUGAUACUGACUUUGAAUUCUACAAAUGAUUGAUGCCGCAAGCACCAGCAUUCCGCAGCCCAAGUUCAGUAGGCUUUCCAUCUCUUACGCCAGAGUGUUGAGUUCUGAUUUCUGCUAGCAAAACAGCUUAGUGGAAUGGUUGCUCUUUGAGGAUUUAAGAUUUUAAUGUCGUGAUGUAUGAUUGAGCAAUCAAAUGUUUUAUCUCAUCUCUAUAUACAUCCUUCUCCGUUGUCUGUUU